GACAGGGAUGCAUUCUACGGCACAACACCGGCAGUGUUGACUUACCGCGGUCCUCCUUUCGCCAACAUGGCGCCGAUGUUGGUACCGCUGAAAUGCGGCUUUCACUUUCAAAAAAGAAAAUUAGCGCUUCUCCUUCGACAGACGAGCUCGUAUCACAUUUGGACUAAAAGCCGCAAUGAGAACGGGACAGAGCAUAAACGACACAGCACAUAUGUGGUGAGUUUAGGAGUCGGCUAGCUAGAGAGGGCACUGUGUUUUUGGUGUGAGUCACAAGGCAAGGACGGGGGUGUAAAGUGGCACUAACUAACCCUAACUUUCAGGAAGUGUAACAACCGGGUAACUUUGUACUAUUUUUGUGCUUGAGUAAUUCAUGUUAGGGAAAAAUGUCAGUCAACCAGCUGUCUGACGUUCAACCGAAGCUAGCCUACCUGCUAACUCAUGUAUUCACUUAUCUGUCACAGGUGGGUUACCAAAUUAAAACAUCAGCUACAGUGACCACAGUUUGACUUUGCGUUAAGUAAACUACAUAUUUCACAUCCUAUAAACAUUAACAGACACCUUUUAUCAGGCUAAUGUUUUAAAGUGACGGUGGUCUCAGUCACGUGGGCUACAUGUCGCCUGACAGCACUCAGUAAACGUGAGAUAAGAGUCGGUCUGUCCCACCCAAAGGUCCUCCUGUUUCAGCUGAUGUAACACUUUGUUAUUGAUUAUAGAACAACUUUCUUUCACAACUUAUUUGCUUCCAGUUCAUUUAAAGCUCUGCUGAAGGAUGUGUAAUAGGUAAUGAGACAGACCGACAUUAACAGUGAUGCAAAUUCAUGACCAAGAAAAACUAGACCCAUUAACAAAGAGAGGGAUGAGAUCAGUAAAGAGAGAAGAGGUAAUCUGAAAUCAACACAAACAGAGAGUUUGUCACAGUUUUAGUGAUUGUACCAUAGACUAAUAAACAGUACUGCCAAAAGAUUCCACAAGAGAUUGAUAAGUACAUGGUUGUUAAACUGUUGACAAUUAGUAUUAUUUACAUAUUGUUAGAGUUCAUCCUACUGUAGAUAAGAUGAUGACUUGCACCAGAACACAGCUGGCACGCAGAUUAAAGCCUUACUAAUCAGCUCAGUAAAGCCCAAAUGUAGGUGCGAGGAAAGGUAAUUAUGCCUAUCUAUAACCAUUCAUAGAAGAGUGCUUAAAUUGUGUCACAAAUAAAGACAUUUCUGAGCUCUGUGUUACUUUUCAGAAGACCGUGUUUAACCGACAUUAUUUUGAUUUCAUGGUUGUUACACUGGCUUCUGCCCCGAUCAUAUAUUUGUCCAGUAUGUCCUCAAGCUUUAUCUAAAAAAACAAGAGAGGAAAAAACCUGAACAAAAGCCUUGUUUAUUUGUGUAACUGUUAUGAUUGCUUUUUUUACUGAGUUUUUUCAAGUUUCUUAAUAUUCAGACAACCUUAAAAAAUCAACAAAAAUGAGAAGCAUUGCUUGAUAAGUUGCUUUAUGUAUUUCAGCUUGGUUCUCCACCACAUCUGCGGACAGCUAUAUGGAGCACGAACAGAAGCACAAACAGACAGAUUUUGGAGGCAGCAAAAGUAAGAAUGUUUGAGAACUAAUGAGAAAUCUAUGUCCUGUUACAAAGUCAAACAAUUGAUUAAUGAGACAUUUGGAUUUCCCACAGCAUUUGCAGGUCACAGACAAAAGAACAUGUUGGCAUGGAAAUGCAGGGGGAGGGCUGAGUGCAGAUCCCAAAAAUGUGGUGAGUAUAUUAACUUCUUUUAGUUUGUGGUCAUUGACAGCAGCAAAAGUUUUGCAUACACAUGUCAGACAGAAGUGUGACUGAUGGCGUUAAAAAAGCAUUUCUCUGGUUUAUUAUUUAAAAAGGCCUCACUUAAAGGUACAGCAGAGUCUCUGAAGUGCCAUGUUCACUUUUCCUCACUCAAAUGACUGCCUGGUUCUGUGAAACAGGUUGGGUUGUCAGGCUGUAUGGUAUUUUCAAAAAUACUAUUUUCAUCUUUUUUAAUAAUAAACAUUUUCCUCAACAUUCAUACUGCCAUAGAGUCUAGUUUUCUAUAUGGUUCUUCUACAUGAUAUACUAUAUGCUGAAAGAAGCUUGAAAUAUUUUAAUAAUUUGCACAGUAUUAAAGGUGUAAUGUCGAUCUCGGCUCAUUAAAGCUCAAUACAUUUGUUAUGGCAUAUCUGAAAUUUCAACCAUUAAAGUGAUGCAUUUAUUAGACCCCCUCAGUGACAGCUUGCAUGCGCCAACAAAAAAGCCAAGACGUGAUGACUGUACGGAACUAUUUUAAUGUGCACAUCAGUUAAGCUGUGAAUAUCCAGCACUGUCAUGGUGAAGCACCAAGAGUUCCUGAAAUGUGAAAAUGAAAAUGUAUCAGCGCCAGAAAAAACCUGUCAGGUGUCUCUACUUAAAUCUGAGUACCACUGCAGCGACCAACCGACCAACCAAAGGUAAAGGUGUAUAGCAAGAAGAUAUUGGAUUCAUUUUUUUUUUUAAAUCAGCUUUUCAGCUUGGAGGACGUUUGCAGACUUGAUGUCCCUGGAGUGGUAUUGCUUUUGGCCCAGAAGAAGCUCAUUGUGCAUCUCUUGAUAUUAUAAAAAAACUGUAAUGACUCCAGGUUUACAUUAACUGUACUGGUCUCCUGUCCAUAUGGUGCAGGGGCAUCAGUGGUGUGUUCAACUGUUAGUGUUAAUCCCAUGUUCACCGUGUCACACAUUCCUUGAUUGUUUUUGAUUAAAGGCAGGUGUUGGGCACAACUCUGUAGUUUACUUGCAGCCUCCAUAUUGAGUGGAUUAAAGGAAUUACUGCAUAUUCUUUGGCCUGCAGAGAGUCCCUGUGGCAGGUGUGUGCUAGAGCGUGGGUAAACAGCUAUGUUGGCACUGGUCCGCUCUCAAACUCAGCUGGGAUGACAGCCCAGGUGUCUCUUGGGACAUGUAGUGUCAGACUGGAUCCCAGGGUCCACCUGGAGACUCUGCUGUCAUUGCUGCUCCCAUAUCCCCUGAGAGACUUCCUUGACAUUUGAUGUUCCAUGCGUCUGCCAAGAGAGCCAUGUUUAGGUUAUUGUGAUCGUCACACUGAAAGCAGGUUGCAAGUUAGUUGCCAAUAUUGGAGGCCAUAUGGCAGACUGUUACCAUUGUAUUAUAAUAAAUAGACCAGAAUUCAGUGGUCCAACGAACAUGUUUGUCAUUGUUCAUCUUAUAAGUUAAGAAGUGGCUUUGCUUUUGUUUCACCAGCUGAAGGAGGUAAAUUCAACCCAGAUCCUGUCAGCGAUGCUGUCCUAUGUGUGGCCAAAGGAUAGACCAGACCUGCGGGCCCGUGUUGCUAUCUCUCUAGGUCUGCUUGCGGGAGCAAAGGUAAGGUCACAGACAAUGUCCAGGGUGUGAAAGUGAGAUUUUCUUCCUAUUUUAGUUUCCUUCAUGGCAUAUAAAAGUAAUCUGUCAUAACUUAAAUGGAAACAGAACAGUUUUAUAAAGACACACUCCACAUCUGUAGACAUUUUUUAUUCCUUGUUCAACUACUUUUUUCAGUUUCAUAGUGUUGAUACCUUUAACCUUAAAUGAUAGUGCUUUGAUAUUAGCUUGUAUUGUGCUUGAUAACAUUAGGACCAAUAACAGGACCAUUAACCUUUUAGAUGCUGUUUGACUGAGCCAAGCGACUAAAGCAAGAUUUCUUAACAACACAUAAGCACUAGGAGCUUGUUGUUGUAUAUGUUAUUAAAGGUAAAUCGUAGUAUUUAGUAUUUGUAACUAACAAAAAUAAUCCUGCUUGUUAUUUAAACACACGUUCUACUGAAGACAUUCAUCAUCCUCCCAGGACGUAGGGCGCUGUUAGCUUCACUCCUGUCCUAAUGAGAGAACUGAAGUAACUGUUGCUUCCCAAAAAAAAAAGAUGGAGGUCUGAUUUGAGAAAAAAGAAGAAAAGACGAUCACUGUUCGUCAAGGAAUCGAUCAGGAAUUGGCACAGCCGAUAAUAACGGCCGAUAUUCAGCAUUUUUACAAUAAUCGGCAUUGGCCAUUUUUUCCACUGACAGCCGAUAAAAUAUGUUGAUCUCAAAACACGCUUGUUUGGCUCUUACACAGCCACCUCUCUCUACCUGAAGUCACCUCUCUUGGCUGUGUAUCAAUGCCGCACCUACAGUCUCCGCUGAUUGGCUACACAGACAGUCAAUAAUACUCAAGCUCCUAGGUGCAGCUCCAAAGCAAGGCAGAGAGAGAGGAGGGCGCUCCGUGAAGCACUGGUAUGCCACCGCUAUUGGAUGUGAGACUCCUGUUCCUAUCACUGAUGUUUAUUAACACCAUAGAACUAAAAGUUAAGAUAAACAAAAUAAAAUUCGACAUCAGCUAUUUUUAUCAUUUCAUUUAUCGCAUUGUUUAGCACUGUAGCCAAUACAGAUAAAGAAUACACAAAGUAAUACAGAUCACUUUAGCCUGCUUCUCAACAAACGGCAGUCAUUCCAGAGAGGCAAUCUUCACAGUCAAAAAUAAAAUUCUUCAACCUACACUUCUCAUAAAACCACAUGCCCACAGUUAUAAUGAACGCCAUGGAGCAUGGAGAAACAAAGCAAAAGAAACAAACUAGCAGGUAACACCACCGAUAGAGGAGCUCCUCAGUAUCUGUGAAGCUAGCAUGCGCUACUUCCAGUUCUUUUCUCAUUUCAAAAUGAAAGUACGUGUUUCAAAAUAAGGCCAAAAUAUAACAUUUUUACUGCAAAUGAACAUCAGCUCUAAUAAUCGGUGUCGGCCCGAAACAAAAUACCAAAAAAAACCAUAUCGGUCAAUCCUUACUGUUCGUCAGUUUGGAUGCAGAAACUUAUAUUGAUCACAUCUCUAAGUCUACUCCAAGCUAUGUGCUUUUUGACAGUACUACAAGUAAGAAAAAAGAAAUCUGGACUCAUUGAAAUGUACUGAACUAUUACUGCCCAAUUAAAAAAAAAGAUUUGGUUAAGCUUGACUGGCAAAUGAAAAAGCGAAGCGUAGAGAGAAUUAUCUUUUGAUUAUUGUUUUCCCCCUGUUAUCACAUCAUCAGUGCGAAGUUUACAUCGCGCACAAUCAAUAAUCAGUAAUGCUGGUUGCUGCUGAGAGCCAGAGUGGCCUUUCUGAAGGGGUCUGGCAGGGGUCUGACAGUGAAAAACAGCACUACCACUGAAUCCUUUGAAAGAGACAGAAGACAAGAGGUCGGUUAUUAGAGUUCAUUAUGCCUCAGGAACAAGGGACAAGACAAAAAAGGCUGGAUUGUCAGGAUGAGCACCAGUAGUCCCCUGAAGUCUUGCUAUAAGAGGCGCCACUCUGAGUUAAGUAUAAUGUGUUUCAAAGCAAAUCAGUGCACGGGCUCAGGCAAACAGGUAUCUGACAUUAUUAUUUAUCAGCGGCACUUCAUUGUUGUUUGGCUUCACUGCUGGAAAAGCCUGGUCAUACGGUGCUUUUAAACACCUGUCAAGAGGCCCUGAAUGACACACACACAUCACUAAGUUGGGUGGUCAGAGACACACACUGAGCUCAGCUUGUUACUGUUAAAGAAGUCAUUUCUGAAAAGAGGGUUAAUGAGGGUUUGCUGUAUUGCAAGUUAAGAUUACACAUCACAUCAUUUUGAACAUUUUAUGGCAUGUAAUUUUUAUUUGCAAGAGUAGCAGUCACUUGGAUGUAUCCACUUCUCACCUAAUCUUGUCUUCCAAAUGCUUACCUUUAUUUUCAACACGUUUAUCUUGUCUCUAAGCAUUGGCACUUUGAAUAUUAACACUCUAAAAAUGACUGCCAGUUUAUUCAGGUAGGCUGGGAUUUGUGAUCACUCCUCUUAAAAUACCCAGUAACUCUAUUGUUAGAGAGGCAGUAGAAUAGAAUGAUCAGUGUGCAUAGCUGAAUAAUUAUCAGCAGGAUCCAAAUGUGUGAUAAGUUGUCACAUUUUCGGUAGAUAAGGCUUGAAUUUUGUAAGAUAAAGCACUCCCUCCAGUCAUAGCUUUAAGAGUGCACUUGUCAACCUGAUGAUCAUGAGUUGAAUGUUUAACAAAUAUUACCUUAAUUAAACAGGGUAUCUACAGGGUCUUAAAAAGUCUUAAAAUGACUGAAAUCCAAUAAUUUGAAUUAAAGGGCUUCAAAUGUCUAAAAUUCUCUUGAUUUAGAAUCUCAUAAAAUGUCUUAAUAUACAAUAACACAAUUUUGAAAAGUUUUAAAAAUGUAUUAACUUUGCUUACAAAUAAAUAAUAUGCCAUACAAAUAAAGACUGAUUUGAAGUAAUGUAAAUUGUUCGAUUUCUCUUCAUGUCUUUUUUACUUUUUGCCAGUAUGGAUGUAAAAUAGAUCUUAAAUUGUAUUAAUUACAAUCUUAAAAAAGUCUUAAAAAGUCUUAAAUUUGACUUGUUGAAACCCGUAGAUACCCUGAAGAAACUUGUUGUUGAUAUUUGUGACCCCUACACUCAUGGUGCUAUGGAGUUUUAGUAAAAGUCCAGACGCAUGACAAAUUGUUAAUGGUCAAAUUUCACAGGUAUAUCUCCCCGCUUUGACCACUAACCAAAGAACACGAGGGCUCAGCAGAGGCUGUUACACUGUGUAAAGAGCUGUCGAUGUCACAGUUUGCUAUUAAAACAGACACCACUUUUAUAAUUAUUAGUUGCAAGCAUCAAUCAAUGUGUGAUUCAUUUCCUUAUCCGUUGUUGAUGGUCUUUAAUCUACACCCUGGAAAACAAUCACAGAUUCACAGCUACCAAAUAAGCAUGAACCGCUGCCGCUCAGCAUGGCUGCGUGUGUGCCAAGCUAGAGACUGCACACACACCCAAUCCAAUCUUCUCCUAUUUUGCUGCUUGGCUGGAGUUAGCCUCAAUUUCUCCAGUUUGUCUGUUUGAAGUGAAACCACCAGGGGUGUGGAGGCAAUUUUUAAAUCAACUGAAUAAUUAUGUGGUUACAGUGCAUCACACCUCUGCUCUCCAGAAUAUCAGUGACAUUUUCAUUUAAGUAACUGAUCUAGAAGCUCUUGUUUUUCUCAUCAGCCUCAAGUGAAGCUCCCUCUGUAUGUGUGCAUGUGUGUGUCAAACUAUAAGCUAAUUCAUUAUAGCCCAGAGCGUUUUCUCCACUACUUGACACAAAACCUCUAUAAUGAGAUGACAUAUCACCAGGUACAGAUUGACACGAUGUUGAUUUAAUCUCCAGUUGGCUGUUAAUGGAUUGAAAGAGCACUGCUACCUUAUCAUGUAUUGGUGGUAAAAUUGAGGACAUGUUUUUGCCCCGUGAUAAUAGGCUCAGGCUAUUUUUGUGUCAUGUUCUGUUGUCUUGGUAGCAAAGAGAUUGUUUUUCCUUGAGAGACCCUGAGGACCUCUAUUGUCAGAAUAUAAUACUCAAGUGUACAAAGCAUGAACCCUGGAAAUGCAGUUUUGGAAGCAUAAAUGGUGCAUUAUUAGGUGUCCUUUUACAAUAGCAUGGGCUGACACAGGUUUAUUUAAAAAAAAGAUUACUCAGUGUUUUGUAUAAUUGAUUUAAUCAUUAUAUCAUGAAAAUUAUAUCAAGCACAAUUCGACAGGAGUAAAGGAACAGAAAGAACUGUUGUUUUUUUUUUUCUUUUUUUUUUAAAAGCCCUACCCUGUGUCCGGGGUGGAGAGGUUCAAAUGAAAUGGGUUUCACGAGAAAAUGCCGUGCGGUGUGCUGCUGUAUUCUCUUGCUGUCCUAAUGCGCAGUGGACCGCCGAGCUUGAGUCACACAGCUGUCCCUGUGCUUUUAAUUAGCCUUAAUAACCAUUUCAAUUCCAUUAACAGAAAGCACCAGCCACCUCAGCAGCAUCAGCACAGCCACUCAGGGAGACAACACACACACACAGACACACACAUGCACACUCUCUCACAGCUGCAUGUAUACAUACAUGUACUCGGAGGUACCUGAAUACUGCCUGACAACAGUGGGUCUGUCUUGCUAAGCCGAGUGCACAUACAUAAGUGGAAAGAUAGCACUGAAGGACUAGAAAGUGGCUCUGAACUAUAUUGAGCAUAUGUUUUUCUAAUAGACUAUUUCAAAACGCUUCCUCUCUCGCUCUCUUUUCCACCUCUCCCCUCUAAAUACUCGCCCCCCCCCAACCUCCCCGCUCUCUCUCUCCCUUUGCCUUCACAGAUCACAAAUGUAAUGGUGCCCUUCAUGUUUAAGUAUGCAGUGGACGAGCUUAACCAGAUGUCGGGACACAUGCUGAACCUGAAUGACGCGCCAAGCACUGUCGCUACCAUGGCAACGGCCGUGCUGAUUGGCUGUGAGUCCCAGACUUGUGUUGCACUGGCAGGUGCCGUGCUCAUCAGAGGGGGACUAUGGGACUGCCUAUUAUCUGCACACUGACCUUUUCCAACGCAUUCAUAUCAAUAGCAGUCUGCGACCUCUGCGCCUCCCUCAUAUUAUUUACAUUAUGUACUUUGCUCUGAGUUGGAGUUCACUUCCGUCAGCCCUCCCGUGUGCCCUGAACACUUUUUAGUUUGAUACCUGCGUGCUCCCAAGACAAACAGAGCUAGGUACAUUUCUAAAGCAGUUGGAAGAAAUUGCUUAUGUUCCUUUUGAAAGUGGUUUGAAAGUUUUUUGUGUUUUGGAAAGGCCACAAAAGUUUCUUUGAUUCAACCCUUGAGAGUCUUUUUUUUUUCUCUCCAGCUUGGCCCUGUGAACACAAGAGGGGUCAGGAGAGACAUUGUGUGAUAAAAAGUUGUUCCUGACUUAUUUUUUUUUACUUAGCAAUCGAUGAAAGGCUGAAUAAAUAAACAUAGUGAACCUGACACCCACUGUAAGUCACUCUGGCCUUGAGCGAGAUCAACGGGACUGCAAUGUACACUUAGCCCUGUAUCCACUUAUUUUAAUGAGCCCACUUAGGUCUUGCACAUUAAUGCUGCCUGUGGAAUAAUUGGAGCACAUGAACAAGACUCCAGACAGGAUAAAUUAAGAUGACAAGGAAGAAUGGAGGUAAUGCUCUUUGAGAAAGGGGACAUUUUCCCGUUUUUUUUUUUUUUUUUUUUUGUUCCCUCUUCAUGACACUCGGGACCCUGCACUUGGAGCCUGGGGUGACGAGUGUAAUUUGGCUGAAAGGGUUGCACAGUGCUCAUCCUACCUUGUCAGAUGUGGACACAUUGUUCAUUAGAUGAGCAUUCCUAUUUAACGCCACAUUACAGCCACACGAGGACCGGCAGACAGUGCGAUUAUUACACUGACUUUGGUCUCCGUAGACUAGUUGUUUUUCAUACAAAGCGGGGAAAUGGACUCAGGGAGGCCACAUGUCAUUCAAACUGAGACAAAUAUGGUGCUAAUUUCUGACAGUCACGCUACCUGUUUAUAUAAAAGUUUAUGAAAAGUGUUUACUUUUCUUUGAGCUACAUCUGUAGUUUUCCUGAACUACCUAGCUUGUUGAACUGUUUUGGGUUUUUUAAGCAUUAGGUAACUUCCAUUCAUUCAUUUAACCUUACAGAGAGGUUAUUCAGCCGACAUCAUCCUCAGCAUAGAGAUCAGCCUGAACAAGUAUAGACUCUGACGAUGCAGAUGUCAAGCCAACUCAUAGCCACAUGUAGUCAUGACACUCAUCUUAACCCCCCCCUUGUACAUGCAGCUUCUUCGCCACCACACAGAUCCUGAACACACUUCUGUGCACUCAAAUACCCUCCCUCCUCUCAGUCUGCAGUGUGCUUGCCUGCCAUAGUAGUGAUGCUUCAGACAGCAUCCAGCUUUGUAAUUAUAGAGGCUUUGGGAGGCUGCGGUAGUACUGCAGUAUGUGCAGACCAGCAAUGAUUUAAAAAUCCUGCCCUGCCAUUUUACACACACCUUCACUGCAGAAGAGGUUGACAUCCCUGUCUGGUCUCAACACUGUAUUACAGCUCUCAAGACAGGAGGGAUUGUGGUCAGAUUCUUGUUUUGCUGUCUUAUAUCUCUUUAGGGCUGCAUCAUAGCACUCUGUUUUUAGGAUGGGGAUAUAUAUACUCAUAUGAAAGUGUCCAGCCUUGCUGUCUGAGUCCCCCCUGCUUUUCACAGCAGGUGUGCUAAACUCUGUCUCCUCCGCUAUCCCAGAUGGCGUGUCACGGGCCUGUGGAGCCUUCUUCAACGAGCUGAGGAACACUGUGUUCGGCAAGGUGGCCCAGAGCUCCAUCCGACGCAUCGCCAAGAAUGUCUUCCUCCACUUGCACAAUCUGGAUCUGGGUUUCCAUCUUAGCCGUCAAACAGGAGCGCUGUCCAAGGCCAUCGACCGCGGCACCCGGGGUAUCUCAUUUGUCCUUAGUGCACUCGUCUUCAAUUUAGGACCUACAGUGUUUGAGAUGGGACUCGUCAGUGCAAUUUUGGUGAGUUGUUGUUUCUUGUUGCUUUAACAGUUUUAACUCUCAGUGUUAGCACAGGCUCCUCUAUCACCUCGAUUCUGUGCACUGCAGAUUAUCUGGAAAUUAAUUUGGGUUAUAUUGUCUCAUUUACAUCCUAAAUGUAUUAUGAAUUGCCAUGAACUUUUGGUGGCAACACAGCGCCCAUUAGUGUCAAUGAUGAAUCUCAUAGCUUUGAAGCAGCUUAAUGUCCUCCUGUGAAGUAUGCCCUGAACAGAUGCCCCCCCUCCACGGCCACAGCUAUAAGAACAGCUCGUCUAUAGCUUGGUGCUAUAAUUCCACUUUUGACUAUAAUGUCAGCUUGCCUGUAAUGAGGGCAGACUCCAUUGCCCAAAUAGCUAGAGCAUUAGUACGAUUAGUUCUUUUAGUUUCCCCUCCAUUUGUAACACUCAAUUUCAUAGCAGAACGGUCAAACACAGACCGUCUCCAGGAUGCCUCCUUAUAUAAACACGAUCUGGUAGUAUGAUGUCGGGGCUGGACUUUUUAUCAAAAAGUCAUGUAAGUCACAGAAAUUGCAAAGACACUCUUUCCCACUGUGCUUUUCUCCUCUUCAGUACUACAAGUGCGGCGGGCAGUUUGCAGCAGUGGCCUUGGGUACCUUAUCAACAUACACACUUUUCACCAUUCUGCUCACUCAGUGGAGGUAACAAAAGGGGCUCUUGAGCCUGUCUUCACUUCGGUUGUUUGUUUGUUUUGCUUAUGUCUGUAAUCACCUGAAACGGAUUCAGUAAAUAGCUUUGUGGCUCUGUGUGCUGACAGUAACAAUGUUCACCCCGGGCUGAAAUGUGUUUUUUAAGAAAUGGCGUACAUUACUGUGCAUGUGUGUCUGUGCGCAGGACUCGUUUCAGGAUAGAGAUGAACAAAGCAGACAAUGAAGCUGGAAAUGCAGCUAUCGACUCCCUCCUUAACUACGAGACUGUUAAGGUGAGAUCCAGCGCAACACACAGUUAUGUGCAGGAAGAUACACACACCUAAAAUACACUCCUCAUUCCCGGCUCCUACCCCUCCUCCUUUCAUCAAUCCUUCUCUUUUAUCUCCUCUUUUCUAGUCUUUUUCUUCUUUUCACUUAAGCCUGGCAUAUUGACAAAAACAAAUAUUUACUCAUCUAUGAUAACAGUGUUUCACCAGCAUGAUUGCUGCUGUCACAAUGUGCCUUUUAAUCAAAGAAAAGCCCCCCCUCCCUUUCUUUCUUUCUUUCUCUUUCUUUUUCUCUUUGUCUUUCUCUCUUUGCCUUGCCACUUAGUCUCUCAAAGCUCUCUAAUGUAAACUCUAUUUGAAAGCAAGUGAUGUUAAACUCUAAAGUCCAGCUUAUCUUUCUGGCUAAGGUUACUGGACUUAAUGGCUGAAAAGGCAGCAAGUCCCUGCCAGACAAUACAGCUCUCUGUGUUUUGUGAACUGCAAAGAAUACCGGCCACCGAACAUCUAUCAGACAUAAGCUCUGGAUAACCUGACAUGCCUGGUAUCUUACAUUUACCAGCAAGAAAACACAAAAAAAAACCUCUCCAAAUAAAUGACAUUUGUAUUUAUGAAUUAAUGAAAUGACAGGGUCAUGCGCUAGGCCAUAGCUAUAGUUAAUAUGAUCAUUUAUCAGUGUUUCCAGACAUGUAGGGCUAUAGAGCUGUUUAAAACCUAAUAUCCCAUAAGUGGCAGAGAAAAGGUUAUUGUUCUGAAUCCAUCUGCACUUCAUCCUGGUCCGUGUGUGGGAGACUAUUGUAGUGAUAGAUGCCAUGCUUGCACACAGUGACUUCAUUCUUGCAUAUUAUACUCUGAUUGACUGCUAACCUUCCCACGGCUCGUAUGCAGUCAGGUUUUUUUACUGUGUUACUGGGACAGGAGUUUUUUUUCUCUCUUCAAAAGUCAUCAGAGAGGUGUGAAAACUUGACUGUUUCUCUGUGCCACUAUGCAGGGGCGCAUCCUGAUUUUUGACUGGGGUGGCAAAACGGGAGCACUGACAUAGGUAGAGGUGGCCAGGGUAUGUGUGCGUACACACAAAUUUGUAUUUACCCCAUCUUCACUAUCUACUUAAAUAACAACUUUUAUAAGGGAUGUUUUAUUUGUGUGUAUGAAUUUGGUAUGAUAUUGUAUGAUUAGUAAAUGUGAACUUUGUUUAUUUAUAUAUUUAGGCCACGUAAUGAGACAAGACAAGAUAAUCCCGUUUAAGUCCAAAACCUGAGAAAUGUGUGUGUUUACAGCAGUAAUGAAAAAAAAAAGAUUUCAUGAAUUAUUAGAUUAUCUUUAUAGAUUACUUGAUAAAUUGUCAGACUGAUCAGCACAAUAUGUGAUAACGAGAUACUCACAUAAUUGAUUACUGCAGCUUUAGAGCAGUUUUAUACCAACGUAAGUCCACAGAUCCACUGGGAACUCAGUGAUUGAAUCUUUUAUGCAGUAAUUUUGUAUUUGCUGAGAUCUUCGAUAUUCAUACAUUGUAUAAGGAUUAUUGUCACAGCCAUUAGAGAUAAAGACCAAUUUCGAUUUUUAACUACAUCUUAACCAGACUGACAGGAAUUAAAUCAUAUAUGUCUAUAUUAGCUGAACCAUGCAGAAGGACUGAGAUGUUGAUUAAGACCAUUGAAGGGCUGGCCAUCAAUAUAAUGUAACUGGUUUAUGUAUCUUGAUCUAAUUGCAAUAUAAUGAAAAUCUCAUAUCAAGAUGCUGUUUUUUUUUUUUUUUUUAACAGUUCUUAUACGAUAGGAAGUGACACUCAGUUUAUCCAUCGUCAAAGUCUCAGAAAAUGGUUGAUCCUAAAGUUUUAGUAUCAGCAAGCGUUACUCUCACUCAAAAACUUAAAGAAAGGCUUGUUAUUUCAUUUAAAUCUCUCACAUAUAAGUCUAAAAAUACAUAGCUGAUGGUCUGGUUUACUGUUAGGGUUUAUUAAAGGCCAUCAGAUUUAAAUUGAGACUAAACAUUGUAAUCAGUAAAAAAAAAAAAAAAAAAAAAAAGUUCAAAUUCUUAAAUCUUCUGAUUCUUCUCGAUUGAUUUUUUUCACAACACUCCUUCAACCUUCCUCAUUAGCAUGCAAAAACAUAAAAUAUUCAGGCCAUUAUCACAAAAACGCUAAAAUCACACAAACCCAAAAAGAGAAUAUUGAAGGCGGUUUUACUUAAGGAUCAAGCCUCAGUAACACAUGGUAUGCUUUGUCUUUACUUUUAUCGUUCUGUUACUCAUCUCAUUCCUUUUCUCGUUAGUUAAUCGCCCUCACUCUCUGACCUCCUCUUACUUCUUUUCACUGCAAAGUAAUUCACUCCUCAUAUUCUUAUUCAAACCCCUACAAACAAUGAGACAUUAAUAACUGGACCACGACAACUACACUUUUGGUUUGUUGAAUGAUCUGAAUUUCAUCUCAGUAACAAGUAUGCUUGAUGUUGAUUGAAAUGUCUGCUGAAGGAUACAGUUUAUUAUGGGUGGGUAUGAUCUUACAGAUGCUCGACCGAUGUGGUGGGGUGUUUAAAAAUCUCUUCCAGUCUUUUCACUACCAUGAUUGUCCUGUGUUUUAUCUUUUGCUGUUUUAAGCCUCUUUCUUUCUAGGUAACCCUGUUGUACACAGAACUUACGCAAGCUUAAUCACCCUUCAUUUUAAAUGCUUUGUCGGCUGCUCCAGAUAUAUUUUUGUACCCAUGUUAUUUUCUCUGCUGUAUUAUUUUUGUGUCCUGUUUUUCCUUAAUGUUUUGUUCUGUGUUAUUUUGUGUCAUCUGUGCCAAUGCGGCCGGAUUUAGCAUCACUCUGAGCUGUGAGUGUGCAUAUGUAAUUAGAUCUCCGCCCACUCAGAAAUCCGUUCCACUUUCACAAAGGGCUGGAUGAGAACCUGUACAUGGUGCCAUGCACUGCUACUGUUUGUCCUCCAUGUGCUACUUUCUUUUCUCCCUCUGUCUGAUUUGCUGUAUUUUCCUAUAUGCAAAUCAGUGGCAAGUCGGCAGUGGCACAGCACCACUGCCGUUAGCUAGAGAAGCAAAUCGCCCACUUAACCAGAGCAGAGGAACAAUAGUGCAAACUAAACAAACAGCAAUAUUAGGUGAUUGGCAGCAGAGAGGAGGGAGUCUUGUUGUACCCAUGCUGUAGUUUAUGUGUUUUUGGCUGAAUCAUGAGGCUUUUUCCUGUUAAUGAUAGCUGUAAGUCCUUAACAAAAUUAGUACUGCUUGUGCUGUGUAACACUUGUGUGCUAUCUGCGCUCUGCUAGUAGGUGUCUGUGUAAGCUGCUACAGAUGUAAACACACAAGCUGACUACAGUGCCAAUAAUUAAUACUCUGCAGCAAUUCUUGUUUAACUUGUGAAGGAUGUUGAGGCUGUCCCAACAGUUAUGAAAGCUUCAUAUUUUGUUGACUGUUCUGUGAAUAUUAUCAGUAUUUUUUGCCUAAGCUGUGGAGGCCCUGGGUUUUGUUAUUUCAACCUCCACGUCCUUUAGGAUCAGUGGGGAGGAUCUGCAGACACGGAGACAUGAAAAGUGCUUUAGAGGCCAUCUGAGACCCGGACUAUGCACAGUGCAGUCACUGAGAACAAAUGCAGCCCGGAGGCAGGCUACUAAAGUGUCUAUCUACCUGACACUGAACCUCCAUGCUUCCUUAACCUCUAACUCUAACCAUAUUUUGUAUUUCUUCAUUUCCUCUCUCAUCUUACACUUUCCAUUCUUUUGUGCCAUCUCCAUGCCCUCUACCCCCUCCUUCCCUCCUUUCUUUAACACACCUGCAGUACUUCAACAAUGAGAAGUAUGAGGCUGAAAGGUAUGAUGGAUUUCUGAAGAUCUAUGAGUCAUCCUCUCUAAAAACCACGUCCACGCUUGCAAUGCUCAACUUUGGCCAGAGUGCCAUUUUCAGCGUUGGCCUCACUGGCAUCAUGUUGCUGGCCAGCAAAGGCAUCGCUGCAGGUAAGUGAGUGUGUCUGUGUUUGUGUAAAAAUAAUCCUCUGAAGACGUAUGAACCUCAUAGGACUUUGAUCGCAAGCAGCUAUUACAAGUUAAACACACACAUAUCAACUGACCUGAAUUUACCUCUCCACGCUCACUAUCUGUGACCACUGCACAAUAGCGAAAAAUGUGCAUUUUGAAAUAAGAAAGCUUGAAAAAAGCACUCAAAAUAAAAUCAAAUGGACGGAUGAAAAUGACAAGUAAAACCCUGACUGAACCGAAUAAUAGAAAGUAAACGAGAACAAAGCACAGCAAGCAUGAAAAAGUGGCAUGAAUAGAAAAUAAAAUAGCCAUGAUGCAGAAAAUGAAAUCACAGUGGGUGGAGAUGGAUUCAGACUGUAACGCGCUUUGUCUGCUUUCACAACUUGAAAGAAGAAAAUGGUCUGAGUGUUAUUCCUUUUAGUUCUUGUACGCAAAGAUACACAUAGAGCUAACUUAAGCGCCUCUGUUGUGUAGGUACGAUGACCGUGGGAGACCUGGUGAUGGUGAACGGCCUGCUCUUCCAGCUCUCUCUCCCUCUCAACUUCCUGGGGACGGUGUAUAGGGAGACCAGGCAGGCCCUCAUAGACAUGCACACUCUUUUCACCCUGCUAAAUGUCGACACCAAGAUCAAGGUAACUUGUCAACCUGACAUUCACGUCUAUGUGUUGUAAUAGCGAAUGUAUUUUUUUUCUCACCAUGUAUUCUCUUUUUUUUUACACCAUGAAGUAAACUCAGUGUUGAGAAUAAAUUAUGAACACAAAAGUAAACACAGAUACUCUACAAGGGCUUUUACCAUGGUAUAUAAUUGCAUAGGUGAGGAGAGAUUUUAACCCAGCACUGAGUUAUUCAUGGCAGAGUGACAUCGCUAACCUGUCUGCAUGUGCUGUAAAAAAUGAUAGGUUGAAGUCAAACAUAGUAAUUAUGUGCUUGAAAUGACUCAGGUGCUUCCUCAUCUAUUGCCACUUAGAGGAGCACAACAUUAUUGCAUUAGCAUGAUCUGGAUCAGGAUACUCGGCUAAGUCACAGCACAAGUGUGAGUGGUUAAUCCAAGACCUUUUAUAUGCAGAGCAGUUAUGAUCUAUAGCUCUCAUGAUUUUUUUUAAGACUUCUAUAUUGAUAACACUCCUUUAUUAACAUUCACUGUAUUUUAGGUCUUUAUCCUGGCUUGUGGUGAGGUUUUUAAAGGGAAAAAAGACAACAAAUUUGUGCAGAUUUUUGUUUUGCAGGGCUAUAAUCACCCUUCUGUGAUGAUAUAUGAGUGUUUUUUGUGCUGUGCUGCUUGUGCAGAUCAUUUGCUCAAUCAGUGAUUGAGAAAACAGGUGCAUAUCAUUUGGUUCUCCUAACAGUCAGUGAAUAAGCAGUGUUGUGGAAGAGAGGGCGAAGUGGUCCCAAAUGUUUGGUUUUUGCAUUUUUAUUUAAUGAUUGUGGUUUUUAAAAUUCCGUUUUAUUCAUUUUGGGUUAAAAGUGUGUUUCUGCAUACAGACUCUUGUCGAAAUGACUGCAUUAUUUAACGACUAGUUUGUCUUUGGGCUGCAAAUAAUGAUUAUUUGAAGCAUUUAUCAAUCUAAAAUGUGUUUGUCAUUAAUAAAUGAAUCUUUUUUCAACAAAAAAAGAAGAAAUUAGUUUUUAGUGCUUACUCUUUAAAGGGUCCAGUGUGACAUGCUUUUAUGCUUUGUAUUCAGCCAGUCUAAGGCUAAGGGGUUUUUUUGUUAUUCAUCUAAGAACAGCGCAAAUUUAGGUUGGUGGCAUUUUAUAUCAGUGAUGUGAAACUGGACUACCCAUAAAAAUCUUAUCUAUACUGAACCAUGUUGUUCAAAAAAGAAAGGUGCCAUGACAGCUGAUAUAUUGAACAUGCAAGUCCUCUGUUGUUUCAGUGUCACAGCUGCAGGUUUUUGUGAAACAUUUCAUUACAUUUAACUUUUAUUUCUUUUAAAAAGUCACUGUGACAGCCCACCUCGCAUCAGACAUUUAAGUGCAAAUGUGCGACUGCUGUCUAACAAUAUGAAUGCCGCCCUGCUCUGCAGCCUGUAAUUACAGUAGGAGAAAUGAAUCCGUCCAGUUAUUUUGCACUCAUCAGUAAUACUCCUCUCCAUUGUGAUUCCCUAAGGAAUGACACUGCCCGGCAGGCCAUUACUGUCUCAGUGUGGUUUUUUUAUAUGGAACACACUGGCCUAUUAUGCAGAUGUAAAGUAAUUUGAAACCCUCCCUCACUUAAAACUGCCCCACAAAAUAAAAAGUAAAUCAUUUUGGCUUUUUUCCAUGUUGGGGGGUGUGUGUGAAAUUAUCAUCUGUUUAUACUAAUGGACUGUGAGUUAUUUGUAUUAAUUGGCCGGGGUGGAUUGAGGGUGAUUAUGUUGCUAUUAGGUUGUAUAGAAAUGGAGCAGAACAGGCUUUUACUCGGAGGGUAAGGACAGCGCUUUAUUCUCGGCUGACCUUAGCUCAUCUCAGCACUAUGGCUCAGUUCAGUAUGUACCAAAACUUUUUACGCUUAUUGAUCCUACAGUCACCACGAAGGGCAGGCGGUGUGUGAAGACUCAGAGGGGUCUAUGGAAACGACCUCUUGAAUUUGCAGUGAAUGCCUCGGCUUUAUGCAAUGGAUGUUUUCUCUCUGCUCCAGCAUUAUCCCUCUUUACAAGGUGUUGGAGUAACAUUGCAUCAUGCCGGGCCUUGUCAGCCACUGGCUGCUCUGUGUUUUUUAACCCUCUGAUGGUUUUUCUCUAGGAAAAGGAUCUCGCCCCGCCAUUAGCUAUCGCACCACAGGAGGCUACCAUCCGCUUUGAGGACGUUUAUUUUGAGUACCUGGAGGGCCAAAAAGUCUUAAAUGGAGUGUCCUUCGAAGUGCCUGCUGGGAAGAAGGUGGCUAUAGUUGGCGGCAGCGGGUCGGGGUAGGUAACCUUAGAAUAACACUGCCUGUUAAACCUGUUAAAAGUGUGUGUGUCAUCUCAUUUGUAUGUGCAGACUGUCUUAUCACCAGAUAUCAUCAGCAGCCUGUGGGGGGUGUAGCUCACAGACAGACUGAUACUGACGAUUGGUUCCACGUCUGCUUGCAGGAAGAGCACCAUUGUGCGGCUGUUGUUCCGCUUCUAUGAGCCCCAGCGGGGGAACAUCUACAUAGCGGGGCAGAACAUCCGAGACGUCAGCCUCGACAGCCUGAGGAAGUCUUUGGGGGUCGUACCGCAGGUCUGAAUCCCACCAACCACAGUAAAAUAAACACAGGCAAACAAUAAAAAAGCAAUUUUACACCACAUCGAUCCUACUGUUUGGAGCCUCUUCACAGAUAAUAAAAUAGUCGUGUCUAAUUGACUUUUCAGGAGUAAAUGAAGUAUUAUUGAUAAUUAUGUACAACAAGGGGGCAGCAAAGAACAAUGUAACAAUACUAGUAAACAGCAGUAUUGGAAAUGAGCUGAACUCAGUAUUUUACUGCAGUGAGCUCAGAGGCUUCUCUGAACAGAUGGUACAUGAACAGUAUUUUUGUCAUUUGCUUUCUUUCUUUCUCCCUCCUACCCUUGUCUGUGUAUCUGCAGUCCUCACUUUCUUUCUCUGCUGCAAUAAAAAUAUUCUCUUAAUCCUCUUUUUUUUUUUCUUCUCCUUUUCAUAUGUUGUUGCUGACAGGAUGCCGUUCUCUUCCACAACACCAUCUUCUACAACCUGCAGUACGGGAACAUCAACGCCACACCAGACGAGGUGUACCAAGUUGCACGUCUAGCAGGCAUCCAUGAUGCUAUCCUCAGGAUGCCCCACGGCUAUGACACCCAGGUUGGGGAACGGGGCCUCAAGCUGUCAGGUUUGCAGCACUAUUAUGACUAUUGUUUAAAUGUGGUCUCUUCUGCAGAAGCAUAAAAAAGAGAGCUAUGUGUUUUGUGUUUGUCUUGAUGGUUUAUUCUGCUUAAACAUUUAAAAGUAUGAAAGUGUUGAUUUACCGGCUGAUUAUACUUUAAUUCAACCACACAGAGUUCAGGAACAAUACAAUAGGUAAAACAACAUGUUUUAGCAUAAGGCUGCAACCAGCAACUGCUUUGUCAGUUCAAUUAAAAUCAGUCUGUUGGUCCCAUUGCUGAAAUAUAGACAGGAUGUUCAUUGCUUUUUUUGUAAAGCCCACUUUUAAAUAGCUGAGAGUCUGAAGUUGAAAAGAGAAAAGCAUUAAAUCCUUACAUCUGAGAGCCUGGGAUCAGAGACGGAGCUGCAGUUUGUGUGACUACUGAGGCCACUGAUUUAUUAUCAAAAUCAUCAUCUCUGAUUUUGGAGUUCUGCUUUGAAGUUUGGUCAAAUUAGUUUGCAUAUGUACGUUUCUUAUCCCAGAACUUAUUUCAUAGUGAUAAACUGAAUGGUAAACACCUGACUGUCAUAUUUGUUUUACUAAAAACAACAAAUACACAAGUCUUUGUCCCCUUCAGAAAACCCCAAUCCAGCAUGGAAGUUUGAUCCUGGCGUAAAGUCUUUGAAUGUUUUUAUUUGUAGGUUUGGUACAGCCUAAAGUACAGCAGUCUUACACUUCCAUACAGAGAUUUAAUUGCUUUUCAAGAUAUAAGCAUGUAGUUACCGUGGUGUCUGCUGUGUGAAAGGGCUUCAAUAUGCUGUGAGGAAUAUCUCAGAUAAUUAAACCUAAGUUAAUUAUUAAAUUUGACCUCAUUUUAAGACAUUCAUUAUGGGACUUGGUUUAAAGCCGCACCAUUGUUCUGUCACUCUCCCCUUUUAUGUAAUGUAUAAACUUGUUUAAUGGCAUGUUGCCUUGUUUGAUGUGCAGUGAUAGCGCAACACUGUGUAGUACUUGGCUCCUAGCAUCGCUCUGCAACUCAUUUAGCCCACAUAAACACACAGUGUGCGUCUGUGCGAGCACUUUCACUCAGAAUUCAAGACGCAAUUACUGGCAGCACAGAUUUCUUUAUGUGGAGUGACUGAGUGAGUGAGAGAACGGACAAAAUAAAGACAUGACUAACUUCUCAUUAAUUUCACUGCUGCUGCAUGUGACAGCUGCCAGUGAGUUUGUGUGGAGGGGGGGGGUGCAGUCUGGGCUUUGAGGCUCCUUACUUCCUUGAUUGCUUUUCUCCAAUGCCAGCAAUAUCUGUAUCUGCUUAUCUACACUAGCUUGCAAUGGGCAACACAGUUCACGUGCAAUUAGGAUCAGGUCAGACACAUCUGAGAAUGUUUUGUAUUUAGCUGUUUUUUCUCCUCAAACAAGUCUUUGUGACUUGUGAAAGCCCUGUGGGAAUGGUUUUGUCUGCAUGCUGUCCUUCCUUUGGAGUAAUUACCUUAUGAUAAAGGCCAAAGAGAUCUUCUGCACCUUCACAUGUUUUAAACCUUUCAGCUUUUGCCCGCUUCGCUUCCAGAAAUGACGAGUUGUGUUGUUUCAGGAGGUGAGAAGCAACGUGUCGCGAUCGCCCGUGCGAUCCUGAAGAAUCCACCCGUCCUCCUGUAUGAUGAAGCAACAUCCUCCCUCGACUCUAUCACAGAAGAGGUGGGCCUGACAGCACAUGAACUCAAACACGCACACACUCACACAUGAACAUGCCCUUCCUCUGCUGAACCACAGAUAGAAACCUCAGCCUGCGUCCACAUUUAGCAGAACAAACACCCACUCAGUCACCUGCUGUAGGUACACAAUAACUCAACUCACUCCUGCGUCACAUACCUGCUGUGACAUACACACACCCCUCCCAUCCCCUCAACACACACACACACACACACACACCACCCCCAUGUUCUCCCCUGCCACCUGCCACUGUUUUCUCCUACUUAAUCUCCAGCUCAGCCUAAACCCCCCAGUCUUUGUAAAUGUUACAUUUAAUGAGAAACUUCAGUAUGCCCUCUCUGAACUUAAGGGGGUGAAAACGGGCAGUAGCUGUACUUUUUAAUUGAGAUUCUCUGUUGCUUCUCAUCACGAUACUUUCUUUAAAUUAUCAUAUCUAAACAGAAGAAAGAAAAACAUAUGAAGGAGUGUUGCUGAGCAACAUCUUCUUGACUUAGCCUCUCCUUCAAAUCAAAGUUUCAAAUAUAUUUUCUGUCAUUCAUGUACGUUAGUUCUUAUUGUUUCUGCUGGCCCUCAUUAUUGCAGAUGAUUUUCUCUUGGAUCAGGGAUGCUACAGUUAUUAGAUAAUUUGUCCUUAUUUGCUUCCAGACCAUCCUCAGUUCAAUGAAGGAUAUGGUGAAGGACAGGACGUCAGUGUUCAUCGCCCACAGGCUCUCCACCAUUGUCGACGCAGAUGAGAUUAUAGUGCUCAAUGAAGUAAGAACUCAUCCACUUUAUUUUUUUUACUUGAUCUCACACCUUUCCUGAUGAACUGUUCUCGCUGUAAUGUCAGGUUUAUAAGAAGCAAAUAACACUACAGUUCAGAGUUGUCUGUGUAUAUCAGGCGCUGUGUUAAUUGCCAGUCCAAUUAGACAGUUUUGCAUUGAAGGGAGGGAUGAUGACCUGACCUCUGUGUUACCUCCAGCACACUGUGUCUGCCAGCAGCAAGGAUUUAGCCUCUGUUUUUGCUUCUCAUUUAUUUUGAGUUACCUUUCCACAAUGUACGUGAUGAACACAUGCUUUGUUUAGCUUUUCUCAUUAACUUCAACAACAACAGGACACUGUGGGUAGAAUUGAAUGUAUUACUUUCUCCAUAAGGGCUCAUUAAAGCAGUCAGACUCGACUGGCUGUUUUGGUCAGAUGGCGUGUCUUGUUUGUCUCGGUGACUAAUAAUGUAUGGGCCCGCUUCCCAGAUACUGAUGAGGCCUCGUGCUCAGUCCCUCAAUACUGAUCGCCAUUCAAUUAGGUUAUCCAUACAGUUUGUGAUCAUAUGUGUCAAGUUUAAGCCGAGGUCAAGGAGCCUGAAAGGCCACAGCAUGUGAAGGUUUGAGAGUGAGGUGCUAUUCUGUGAAAAAAAAGCCAAAGUGAAUUUGUCAUUAUUUAGAAAGGAAGAGUUAAUUGAAAAAAUAUCACACAUGAAGUGACAUUUUCCACCAGUGCUACGUUCAGAGCGGAAAGCACCAAAGCGCUUUCUUUGAACUGCGGCGUGUGAGCACGAGUGGUUCCAUGUUUCCAGAGUCAGAUGGCAGGGAUCAGAGGGUCGUGGCGAGGAGGCAUGUUUGCGUGUGAUGUCGCCAUGGCGUUUGCUGGUGUCACCAGCAGAGGACUGCCUGGGGUGCUCAUUAAAAUAACGAGCGGAAGCGAGUCACAUGCUCAUCUUGGGUGCACUAAAGAUGAUGCCAACACCUCUGCAUGCUCAUGGGAGGUGGGGGAAGGGGGGGUGCAUUCGUUUGUGUUUGAAUGUGUGGGAGGGAUGUGUAUUUGUGGUGUGUAGCCGCGCUUGUGUUUCUACGAGUCCAUGUUUUUGCGAGAGAAAUUGCAACAGUUGUUGGGGAGGCGGCAAGGAUUCUAGGGGGGAGCUGACUCUCCACAGAGAGUGUGGCCAAUGUUGUGUGGUCAUGAAUAGAUGCUAACAGUAGGACUCUCAUGCAUGGCCUCUUUGUUCUCUUCGAAUGCAAAAUACUGCCUCUUUUUUUUUUAAGUUUUCUUGUCUUGAUUCUUGCUCUUUUUACCUGCCAGGGUAAAGUGGCAGAGCGAGGUAACCACCAGACCCUCCUUGGCAGUCCGGGCAGCCUGUAUGCAGAUCUGUGGAACACCCAGAACAGCAAAAUCCUCAACAGCAGCAAGGGCUCACCCGAUCCACCAGUGGAGCGCCUUUCUCAGAAGGAGGAAGAGAGGAAAAAACUGCAAGAGGAGAUCCUCAACAGCGUAAAGGGCUGUGGUAACUGCUCCUGUUGAGAGGAGCUGUCACCUCCAUGCCUCGCCAUCCCUCACAGAUGGCCUACGCUGGAAUCCGCUGGAGUCUGUGCAGAAAUCGGGGAGGAGAGCGGUGUAUGGGUACAUCCCCUCUACCCACGCCCACUUGAGCCAAGCCCCAUCCCACGUGACUACCUCUCCUCCUACUUCAUAUGAAUAAAGGCCACUGCUAGCCAAAGUAAAGGAGGAGGAGCAGAACGGGGAGCAAGUGUGUUUAGCACUGGCGGCUGUCCAGAGAUGGAGCUUGUAUGCCAGCCGCCUCAGCCGAAGCCAAGCGUAAGAGACCUCGUAUAUCACAUACAUGUGCGUAAGACAUCUGUUAGUCAACAUGGCUGCCCUCCCUCCUCCUUAUUUUUGACAUCAGGUUUAUUGACAUCUACUAUUGCACUGGAAACAGAUGAGAGUACAUGUAAUGAAAAAUGUAUUAUGCCUUUUUGUUGUUCCAAAAUUUGUAUUGAUUUAACUUUUUAAAUUAUUUUCAAAUAAACUGAAUUUAGUACGCUUUUCUUUUUUACAUUAAGGAUAGGCACAUAUCACCGUUUAUUCUGCCAUUAGCUGCUCAGUUAUUCCAAAUUAUAAGGGUUGUUUUUCUGUAUUAUAAGAAGAAACAUAUUUUAUAAAGACUUCCAUAAAAUUCAGUGGUAAAGCACAUUGCCUGUGUCUGUUCUCAAUGCAUGUUCUAAAAAUACCAAAUUUGGCAGAUACUCAAGUCUUCUUGAUGAAUCACGACGGAGUGUGGAUGUUUAGACUCAUGAACACACAGAACAGCUCCCCAGUGAAUAAGCAGUAUGUCACAGUCACACUGAUAUAAAUAUCACACUCUGAGAAUGACAAGAAGCACCUCUAAUAAAUCAUGAAUGAUUUUCACCACACUUGGAGCCACAUUGCAAAGCAACAACUUGAAAGCCUCUUCUGGGAACAUUUUACAGUCAUAUCAUUUAGCCUUGGUUGACAGACAUCCUCUACUGAAACACGUAUUCAUAGAUUUUUAAAAAUGCCAAGACGGCUUUUUGGAUUGUAUGAUCUGAAUACAAAGACUUUUUUCCUAGAGGCCCCUAAAGUGCAUAUGUUAAUAUUUAAAAAGCACAUGUUAUCCUCAUUUUCUGAGGGCUGAUUUGGCUGUGAUACAUUUGUUAGGAACCUUGGUGUGUAAUUAUAUCCAUACUAAGAUAAUGUGUCUCGUACUAACACACAGUGUAAACCUGUCUAAAUAUUCUGGAGUACAUUUGAUGAGUGUGUACACUGCAGACAGGAAUAAAUGUUGAACUUUGUCUAAAUAA